AUGGGAGUUUGUGAGAGAAACACUGAGCGUUGGUGUGUUGCGGUGUUGUGUGGGUGUGUUGCGGUGUUGUGCGGGUGUGUUGCGGUGUUGUGUGGGUGCGUUGUGGUGUUGUGUGGGUGUGUUGCGGAGUUGUGUGGGUGUGUUGCGGUGUUGUGUGGGUGUGUUGCGGAGUUGUGUAGGUGUGAUGGAGGAUGGAUGGAGCCGCCGUGUCCUCCACAGUCUCUCGCUCAGACCAAAGCACAGUUCACCUACAUCUAUCAGAACCAUUAG